AUGGCCAGACACCACAUCAGUUCACUGUCUGUGAAAGUAGAAGUGCCAAAAGUCAUGACUGGAGCAUUUUACUUCUACUGUGUCAAGUAUGACUACCUGAACUUUUAUGAGCUUUACACUGCUGUGGCAAUUUUUGAUUGGUUGGAUGACAACCAAUCACAAUCUAUGUCUUCAGUGGUACCUUCCAACCCCUUCAAACCAAACAUAUAUACGCCACCAGAUGGAGUGUUUAGUCAUACGAUGACAAAAGAAAUGUUGUCUCCCUCUACUCAGGAAAGUGUCUCUACUACUGCUAGUACAAUAGAAAAUAUUACAAUUCUUGUUGGCAACCAAACUUCUGCAGUUAGUGAAAACAUAUUGUUUAAAUCACCUCCAACAUUCAAGACAACAAUAAUCGAUUCGACCGUAAAUAGAAAAAAUGUCUUAGCUUACGAAACAACAACAGAAAGCUCAACAAUAUCGAGAAAAAUUACUGACAUGCUCACAUCCACUACUGCAUCUUUCCACGCAAAUACAGAUAGUUCCUUAUUACUGAAUGGCGAAAAAUCUGACGUCACCACUGCAAUCGCAUCAGAAAAAAGUCCAACUUCUGAGACUACUGAUGCGUAUACUGUAACGAAUUCUAAAAAUUUGGAAGUUGUUCAGUCCAUUUAUAAUUUAACCAUCGAUUCACUUUUUGAGGACAACAACCAAACCACUGCUGUUGUAAGAAGUGACGAAAAAGAGUUUAUUCACGGAGAAGAUGGGUACAAGUCAGCUUGGGAAGCAAUGGGAUUUAAUGUACAACCUACUGGUAUGGAUGCUAAUAAGACUGACAAAACAGGUUAUGACAGAGUCACAACUCUUUCCUCCGAAGAUUCCACAGGUAUUUCAGAAACUUUAGAGACUUUCCCUGAACAUUCUACAUCUUUUACAAACGCAACUGAAGCCCAAACGUCAGAAGACGUGACAACGGUUUUAAGCUUGCAACGUGAGGAAGUAGCCACUACCUAUGCAAAUUCGUUAGUUGAACAAACACAGAAUGAAAGCACUACGACCUCCUCGAACUUCCUUCUCGGAGGUGGAGACCGAAGUUCAACUCAGAACAUUACGAUCAAGACAACUCCCUUCACGUCUGCCAACGAUCAGUUUGAAAAUAUUAUUGAAAACACAGGUGUUCUUAAAUCGUUUGUAACAGAUGAUACGACUAUAUACCUUAACGAUGAGACAAGUGUAACCACACUUUCAUCUGUAGCUACAGCAGUGUCUCAAGAAGAAGAUAAAAUACUAACCACCACUUUUCAUGACAGCAAAUAUACAGAAGUCUCAUCGAAUCCAAUGGGAAUCCCUAAAUACAAAAUGAAAGAUUCAAUGGGAGUGACUAAACCAACAGAGGUCACUAUCGAUGAUGAUCAGUCGGUAGUCCAAUCAAACGAACCAGAAGUUAUAAAUUUUAUUCAACACUCCUUUAUCAACGACAGUAAUUUCCAACAAGAAGCCUUAACAGAGGGGAAUUCUACAACUACUUUGACACCAGCUCAUAGAAAAAAUAUUUUAUCUGAGAGUAAUAACAUAACAACGUUGUUAUCAACCACUGUGAGAAGUGUUUCCCCCGAAGGAGGUUCUCAGAUUGGUUCUGUACUAACUACCGCAGAAGAACCUUUGCCAGAAAAUAGUUCAACAACUUCUUCACUAAGAACUGCCACAGAAAAGUCUCUACCUAAAGGUAGUUUUACAACUGUUUCACUAACAACUUCUUCAGAAGAACCUUUACCAGAAGAUAAUACUCAGACUGGUUCACUAAUAACUAUUACAGAAAAUGUUUUGCCAGAAGGUAGUUCUAAAGCUGUUUCACCAACAAAUUUCACUGAAGAAUUCUCACCAGAAAGUAAUCUUCAAACCAUUUCACUAACAACUACUACUGAAGAACCUUUACUAGAAGGUAAUUCCAGGGCUGGUUCACCAACAUCUACCAUGCAAGAGCAUUUACCACCACGUAGUUUUAUAACUAUUUCACUAACAACUACCACAAAAGCAUCUUUAUCAGAAGGUGAUUUUCAGACCAGUCCACUAACAAAUAGUAUUGGAGAACCUUUACCUUCUACGACCAGUUCAUCAACAACUACCACAAAAAAAUACUUACCAGAAGGUAAUCCUCAGACUGGUUCAAUAACAGCUAACGUAGAAGAACUUUUACUUGAAGGUGAUUCUCAGACCAGUUCACUAACACCUACCACGCAAGAGUAUUUACCAGAACAAAAUUCUAUUACUAUCUUACUAACAACUACUACAGAAGAAUCUUUACCAGAAGGUAGUUCUCAGACUGAUUCUUUAUCAACUACUACAGACGAACUUUUACAACAAACUGGUUCUCAGACCAAUUCACUAACAACUACCACAAAAGAACCUUUACCAGAUGGUAGUUCUCAGACUGAUUCUUUAGCAACUACUACAGAAGAACCUUUAAUAGAAACUGGUUCUCAUACUGGUUCGCUAACAACUACCACAGAAGGACAUUUACCAGAAGCUAAUUCUCAGACUGAAUCGUUAACAACUACUACAGAGAAACCUUUACUAGAAACUCGUUCUCAAACCAGCUCAUUAAAAACUACCAUAGAAGAACCUAUGCCACAAAGUAAUUUUCGGACUGAUCCGUUAGCAACUACUACAGAAGAAUAUUUAUUGGAAAGUGGUUCUCAUACUGCUUCACUAUCAUCUAUCACGGAAAAACCUUUUACAGAAGGUAGUUCUACGAUCGUUUCUCAUACGAAUUCCACAGAAGAACCUUUACCAGAAGAAAAAUCUCGGACUGGUUCAUUAACAACUACCACAGAAGAAAGUUUACGAGAAGGUAAUUCUGUAAUUGUUUUAAUAACAACUACUCCAGAAGACACUUUACCAAAAGGCAAGUCUCAAAAAGAGUCACUAAAAGCUUUCACAGAAGAAUAUAUAACAGCAGAUAUCCAGACAAUUAUUUCAUUGAAAACUACUGGAAAAGAAUAUUUAGUAGAAAGAGGUACUCCAAACACUUUUACAAAUAAGCCUUCACCAGAAAGUGGUUCUUCAUUUGUUUCCUUCACAAACACCACCCAGCUAAAUGUUCAAGAUGAAUAUAACUCUUCCUUCUUAUCCAGUGUUACCAAUAAUGACGCCAUAUUGGUAAAAAACCUACAGCUAACUAACCACACCUUCGUUUUAAGUAAUACAAGUUUUAGUGGAAAGAACAAUAGAGAUUCAUUUUGGACUAAUACAUCACUACAACAUAUCAAUGCCACUUUGAUACCAACAGAAGACAUUAAUACAACAUCAAAUAAUGAUACUAUUGCCGUCACAGAAACUCAUACAUGGACCUUUCUAGAAGGACGUGGACUACAAGAAACAUUUCCUGCAGAUCGAAUCAACGGACCAAGUUUUGAACUUCAAGAAACGGAUGCACUGACAGCGAUUGACUCAUUUACUAACAGCACUAAGAUUUCCAGCAGUAGCACACUGACCAGUCCUCAGGAUAAUAUUCCAAAAGAGUUUUCAGUAGAAAACACUGUUUUAGAUAACCCAAUGAAUAUUCUUUCUGGGAAGGAUUUCAACAACAUCGAAACAACAACACCUACAAUUCUUGAACAAAAAUAUACCACUAACGUAACAAGUGCAUCUUCGGUUGGUCCAAGUCACUUAACUUAUGAAGACAUAAGACCAAUUACUGAUCUUCCUAAGAAGGAAGAAGUUGAUAGCGAAACUCUUGCUUGGAAUACAACUAGGAUAGAGACAGAAGAAGAAAAUUCGUUGCCAUCUUUAUUUUCCCAACAAUCCAUAAUAGGGACUUCUGAAAAGAACCAAACUGUCAAAGAUUCCGAGAGUUCCCAAACUAAUAACUUAACUACCACCAACCUCUCGUUCUUGUCAAACAAUAGAGAAUUGACCACUCAAAUUAGUGAAUAUGAAGAACUAAUUUCUGACAUAGACUCCAAAACAUUUGUGAUUGACACUGGCAACUUCACGGACUCAUCUAAAGUCAACGAAACUUUAGUGUUCUACCGUGAAAACUUUACGGACUCGUCUAGAGCAAACAAAAGUGAUAAAACUAAAUCUAAUGCAUUACAUUUAAGUGAAAAGAUCGAGUUUAGCAAUGAAAACUCCACUAAUAUAUCUAAUUUUAACGAAACAUGGUACAAAGGGUUUGGUCUAAUUUUUCUGAGGAUGUGUCGGAAAAUCUUCUGA